UAUCGCCGAGUCAUAUUCCUAAAUCUCGGUGCUGACUGCUGACGAUAAUUUGAGAGCAUCGUGCAGUUCCCAUGAACAGAAAUCUCAAAGGCUUGCAAUCAUUUAAUUACCUCGAACGUGAUAAUAAUUAACUACUUGUAUCGUAGAUGUUGUUUAGAAUAGUGUGGAACAAACUUUGCGCGACUUUGAUCGGACUCGUUUUUAUUGAAACCAUAUAAUAAAUAGAAUGGCUUGGUUCUAUCGAUAGAUAUUUUUCGUAGUGAAUCUUCUAUACGCAAAAUAGUUCAGUGAUAAAAAAUAAAGGUGUACCGGACGCGAAUGACAAUUCAAAAUGUGGUCAAUUCCGAUACCGGACGGCCUGGUGAUGGACCCCCUAUCGCCCAUGGCGCUUGCAGUCCCAAGUCAAAUUAUGGACCGCUUUGGCAAUGGGCUGACUUUGCUGAGAGAUCACGGGAAGAAAGUUCAAAAGUAUCUGUUGAAAAAUAGAAAGUUUGAAGUUCUCAAGAAAUCAUGGACGUCAAUAGUAAAUAUAGUACUCGUAGAAGCGAAAGAUUUACCUGACGGACCCGGUAGUAAUUCCAACGGUCUUUAUUGUAAAUUCAAUUUGGGUAACGAGUCGCACAAAUCGAAGCAAGUACACAAAUGCAAACCAAUUUGGCGAGAGAGAUUCAACCUGCAUUUGUAUGAAGAUAACUCUCUACAAAUCAAAGUAUGGCAUAAAGUGAAACAGAAAACUUUUAUGGGCAAAUGCAUCAUAGAUCUUUCACAACUAGAAAAAGAGAGGACACACGAGCUGUGGCAGGAGUUGGAGUGUGGGUAUGGAUCCCUGCAUCUGCUGAUCACACUGAGCGGGACGGAAAGAAUCCAGCCGGUGGAUAGCAUACCCACAUCCAAUGGUAUUCAUCAUGAGACCCCAGCGGAGGAUAAAUUUUCAUGGUACCGUGUCACGGAUAAUUGGAAUGACGUCGGCCAGCUAUCAAUAACCCUGUACGGAGCAAAAGGAUUGAGCGCUCUCACCCUGAGCGGCAGUGUCAAUGCAUACUGUAUAUUGGAGCUGGACAAUGCAAGAGUACAAACACAUACGAUUAAGAGCACUUCUGAGCCUAAUUGGGACAAGAACUUUGUAUUUUCAAUAAAUGACAUCACAUCUACGGUAGAUAUAGCUGUAUAUGAGGAAUCAUUAAUUCAGUCAAUGAAAGGUGAGAUGCUGGGGAAGAUAUCUAUACCUUUGUUGAGGAUACAGAAUAAUGAGAAGCGAUGGUACGCUCUGAAGAAUAGCUCGAAGAAGGCGAGCGCGAGGGGAAACUGCCCUAGGAUAUUGUUGGAGAUGUCCGUUGUAUGGAAUCCGGUAAAAGCGUCAAUGAGAUUGUUCAGGCCGAAGGAAACGAAAUACAUACAAAAAUCACCUAAAUUUGACAUUCCACUUAUUUAUAGUAAUUUAAUAUUUAUAAAAAAUAUAUUUAAAGUUUUCCGGACAGGAAACGAACAUUUUAAACGAGUAUUCGAAUGGGAAAACCAAGAGCUGUCAGCGAUGGCGCUCGGCGGCUGGCUGAUAUUCUGGUAUUUCUUCAGGCUGUGGAUGACGCCAUUGUUGCUUCUCUUGCCUUUUAUACACUACUGGCUCGUGCAUAGAAAUAACAACGUCGUCGUUCCCUUAAAUCAGUCUGAAGACGAUGAAUCAGACGAGGAAGUAGAGACACAAAAGGAUGACAAGACGAUAAAAACGCGGAUUUCCGAGUUACAGGAUCUCACAAUAACCAUUAAGACCGGAAUCGAUUAUAUCGUAUCUCUCCUUGAGAGGCUGCAUAAUUUGGUGAACUUCAGCGUGCCGUACUUAAGUUAUUUAUUUAUGCUCGCCCUCGUGGGAUUAUCAAUAGCUUUCUACCUCAUACCAGCCAAUUAUAUGUUUAUGGCAUUUGGUCUAUAUAAGUUCGGUCGUAAGUUUCUCAAUCCUGGGAGAGUUCCUAACAACGAUAUAUUAGAUUUUAUAUCGCGAGUUCCGGAUAAUCAGAUGCUGAAACAAUGGCGCGAGCUGAAAGUCCCCGAGCCUAACCUCACCCGGUCAGACUCCGCAAAGCGACGAUAGUACAAACCGCGUGCAUCACUGUGCCUGCAUUUAUACGAAGUUCAUUCCCUUCCUACAUUCCGUAGUGCCAUAGAGGAAUCGAACGGAUGCCACUUUUAGUGCGAACUGUGAACUGUCAACCAUACACGCUGCUACAUGUGAUAAUAUGUUCACUGUUAUGUCACUGUUAUUUCACCUGUUACUUUUUUAUCUGUUAUACGCUAUUACAAAAUGUCAUGUAAUGUCAGAGAUCGUUUUUUUUUUCACUUCUCUUAACGUUUUAUUGUCUUCAAAAAUAAUGGUUGUUUUAAAGUAAUGACUAGCAGACAAUUUUCGUUUAUUCAACCAGCUAGCUAAUAAUAUCUUCCUGACUGUCACUGCUGCACUGCAUUUUUGUUUGAAUCUUUAAAUUGUUGUAAAUAGGUUCAUAAAAUAACAAUGGCUCAUGUAUAAGGCAUGUAUUUCUUUAAUAGCAGCUGUUUCGGAGUAUAUUCUCAAACAAAUUUAUGUCUUAAAAAAGUAACGAAGAAUAACUGUCGAAUAGCUGCUAUUUAAUAUUGUUAUUUCUUAUUAUUUGUCCGUUAUUCGUAACUAGCAGCGCUAGUAGUACAAGUGAAGUUCAAGUUUUUAAGUACCUCUAAGUAUCACUGUGAUAUUAAAAUAACGAAUUUAACUAUUUAGUGGUGAACAAUUGCUCAAUUUUAUUUAGGGACGCAACGUGUAUGGUUACUGUAGAUGUAAUAAAAUGUGAUUGUAGGUAAUAUAACUGUAUUUAUAUAAAAUGUAUGAAUAUCAUAGUACGCCUGUGCUUUGCCUCAAAUUGAGGUGCUGACGGAUCUUGCCAGAUACUUAGUAUUCACUUCUUCUUUAGGUUUUGGUACGUGUAAUUCCUUCCAAUCUUUCUGUAAAACAAAUUUAUUAUAUUUAUUAUUAUACUAUACGUCAUUAUUUAAAAUUGAUUAUAAUUUAUAAGUGUAAUUGUAUUGUAUACCAAUAUCGCAUCGUCUGGUAUUCUUGAGAAGAAGUCCAAUAAAUCAUUAUUUAACACUC